AAUUAAACUUCCAACCAGCUCUGCACCAAAAUCCCGUUAUUCGUAGUCCCAUUAUUUAGGGUUCUUCAUUUGAAGCAAUUCGUCGUUUCGUUGGCAGAGAAUAUUCCAGCUCAUGUGCUCUGAGAGAGGAAUGAGUUCGCGAGAGAAGAAUCAAACGACGCCGCACCAGCCUUUGUUGAGCAGCCUCGUCAUACGUCCCGCCGAAACCAGCGGUGGCGGAGGUGGCGGUGGCGGUGGCGGUACUGGCAGCGAUUACGAACCUGGCGAGGUUCGCCGAGAUCCGCCUCCAUACUCCCGCUCCGAUCGAUACGAGAGCCACGGAUAUAGAAUGCGCGCAGGUUCGGUUUCCCCUUUGCGACGUAGGGAUGCAAAUCGUCAUCGAUUUAGUCCUGGUUUUGAACCCUCUAUUGGUACAUCAUCAAGGAGUCGUGGAUUUGGCAGUGGGAGAGAACCUGGUAGAUUUCGUGAUCACUCACCCCCUUUUGGUCGUGGCAAGUUCUCUGAUAGAGGUCAUCAUCACUCUUCACGUGGGCCUGUUUCAUUCAGAGACGAGGGCUUGCCUCGAAAUAAUCCUAAUGUGCAGCCAAGAGAAGGAGAUUGGAUAUGCUCAGACCCCUCGUGUAAAAAUUUGAAUUUCGCAAGGCGGGACCACUGCAACAACUGCAACAGGCCCCGUUACGCCUCUUCAUCCGGGAGGGGAUACCUCGGCCCCACAUUUCCGCCACAUCAGCGUGCUGCUCCGUUGGAUCGUUCUCCUCCUCGAAGGAUUACAAACGGUGGCUAUAAUAGAUCUCCGCCUCGAGGCUGGCCCAGAGAUGCACCACCCCACAGAGACUUGAGACCACCAAUCAGAUUCCCCGAUCCUCUACGCAGUGAUAGGCAGCAAGAAUACAGUGAAGACAACAACAACAGGACAGAUUCGAUAGACCUUUGGUGCCCGAUUGGGGUGGGCCCCACAGAGAUCGUGGUAGGGAUAGUAGCAACUACUUGAACGAGAGGAGAGGGUUUGGAAGGAGGGCUUUGUCUCCACCACCAGCGCCGCCCGUUCCUCCACUACGUGGCGGCGGCGGCGGCUGGGGUUCUUCUCAUAUUAUUAGGGAUAGGAGCCGUUCUCCGCUGAGAGGCGGAGCACAACCACCGAGAGACUAUCAUCACCGGGAUUUACACAUGAACAACCGGAGACGAGAUGAUCACCGUGGUGGCGGCGGCGGCCGCGAUGGACGAGAUCCAUUUUAGACAGUUAAAGGUGUGUCUAAAAUGGUGGCUGUAUCAAUGUAAUACUCUUUUGUUUCUACUGUUGAGAAAUGGUGGUGUGGUGGUUUUUUCUUGCAGUACAUUCCUUAUUUUGGUGGUUGGAUUCUGAAACACUGGUAUGCGCUGUGUUUUCAUUGCUAUUCAUGAUUGCUCCUAGUGGGCAAAAUUAUUUACUAUAUGUUCGUCAUGGUCCAAUUUUAUUUAUUUAUUUUUUGUUUGAAAA